AUGGGAUUCCAGAAUGAAAUUUAUGUGGACUCGAGAAGAAGAAGUGGUGGCCUGGCGGUAUGGUGGAAGGAAGAACUCAGCUUCAACUUGAUCUCAUGCUGUCAAAAUAUUAUUCAUGCUAAUAUUUCCUGUUCAAAUGAGGAAGUACCUGAAUAUCUCACACUGGUGUAUGGUCCCCCAAAAGAAGCAAAAAGAAGUAGAGUCUGGGAGAGGUUGAAGAGAAUGGCUGGUUCAAUUAAUAGGUCCUGGUUAUGUGGUGGAGACUUCAAUGAGAUCCUAGAUCAAAAUGAAAAGAUGGGAGGUAAUCCUAAGGCUGCUCAAAAAAUCCUGAGAUUCCAUAAGAUGAUUAGUGACUGUGAAUUCAUGGAUCUAGAGUUUCAAGGGUCCAGAUUUACAUGGGCAAAUGGUAGACUGGGAGAGGCCCAUAUUAAGGAAAGAAUUGAUAGGGUCUUUGGAAAUGGAGAAAUGAGGGAAAAGUUUCCAAAAGCAAUUGUGUUUCACCGGGAACCUGUGGGGUCAGAUCAUCAUCUUCUGGUGGUUGACUUCCAUUAUCAAUAG